CUCAGCAAGAGCAAAGACGGUGAAGAUUCAGAUCACACAAUGAGUUUUCAGAGAGACUUCAGUCCAUCUUACAGACAAACACGCACCUGCUCUGGUGCUCUCGCUGAGAAGAGGUCACAUGACUCCAAAACCUCAUCCAGGGUGGAGAGCAUUUCCUGUGGACACAUCUCAGUUCAGCCAGUCUGGAAGCCUUCGGAGAAGAGCCAGCAUUGGGCCAACGAUCCACAGCAUCAACACUGAGCCAACCAACAAAAGUGCCAGCUACAGACCUGCAAUGGGAAACUUGGGGAAUUUUUUCUUAAAUAGCACACAUCCUGCCCCUUCUAUUCCGGCUCAUCCAUCCUAUAAGCCUCUGUUGCAGGUCAACUAUGGUUCCUCCUGUAGUCUACCUGCUGGAUUCAAAGUGCGAGAUCAAGCAUCUGAACCAGUCUCCAGUAGGAAGCGCUCUACUCAAUCUGACUCGGCACUGCUUCCCAGUAAUGUCUUCUUUCAACGGACCUCGCCACGGACCAGUGGAAGGCGACACCACCACACCAGCAGAGAGGAAUCAAUACAUAGGACACUGGACAAGGCCUUGCAGGCAGCUUUUCUAAUGAAGCAGACCACGGACAGGAUGGCGGACGCUCUCUCUGCUGACCUGGCCAAGGCUCAGCUCCAGAGGAAGUUACAGGGCCUACAUCCUCUCGGCAGCCGAGCGGGUGCUGUAAUUCACUUUUUAGAUAACAAAAAUGACAUUAAAAAACAUUAAAACAAUGAUUCCUUUCAUACUUCUCCUUUUACACAUCGGUUUAACAGUGUCUGGGAUUUUUGAAUUAUCAUCAAAUAAAAAAAUAGCUGACCUGAAA